UAAAGUAAACACGUACCUACAAUAACAGAGAUAAAUUAUUUAUAGUAUUUGUUUUAAUUGUGUUUUGAGUGCACUGUUUUGAUAUCUAGCUAAAAAGUUCGUGGGACAAUAGUACAUCGCCCUAGUGCCGCAAGUGCGGGAAGACGUCUGUGCCUGAGAAAAAAAAAUAUUAAAAAAAAAUGGCGAUUCAAUUGCGCGAAGGCCGGAAGACUGUGAGCCGAGCGAGGGUUGUUUUAUCACAGGUACUGGCAUGCCUGGCGCUGGACUUUCUUCUGAUUGGCCUGGGCAUGUCCAUCAGUUUCGUGACCAUGGUCCUGCCAGAAGUCAUGGACGCCGAAGAGGGUCUCUCCAUCACUAAGAAACAGGCCUCAUGGUUCGGCAGCCUUGCAUUCCUCUGCCAGCCUUUAGGCAGCCUGUUCUCCGGGCCGCUCCUGGACCACUUCGGGCGAAAGAAAGCCUUAUUCCUGGUGAACAUACCGCAUGUAAUCGCUUGGAUCCUAAUGUACUACGCGUGGGAUGUGCCCUCCCUGUUCAUAGGCAACGCUUUGCUGGGCAUCGGAACGGGAAUCAUGGAAGCACCAUCAGUUACUUAUGUUGGUGAAGUAAGUGACCCACGUCUCCGAGGAGUCCUGACCACGCUGACCAACAUGUUCACAUCGGCGGGCAUGUUCACCGCCUACCUCCUCGGAACUGUGCUCAAAUGGCGGCAGGCGGCGCUAGUGGCGCUCAUUAUACCUCUCACUACUAUGUGCUUGGUGUUAUUUGUACCUGAGACUCCAAUAUGGCUGCUAUCAAAGGGGCGCCAAAAAGAGGCGCUUCGUUCCCUCUGCCGGCUCCGAGGUUGGGUAGAGCCAGAAGAUGUUAAGGAGGAAUUUGACACCCUCAUUCAUUACAACGACGUCAUACGCCAAUGUGUUAUAUGCGUCAAAGAUGGCAGAGAUAUGCAUCCAUGCGAACAUGCCAAUGCCAGUUUAAUAAAGAGAAUAGCGUUGAAAUUUAAACAUGUGUUGUUGGUGAAAGAAACAAUGCGUCCAUUUGCCCUAGUGAUGGCCUAUUUUAUGUUCCAUACAAUGAGUGGAUUGGCACCAGUGAAACCAAAUAUGGUUAAUUUGUGCUCGGCUUUGGGGAUGAAGUAUGAUGCCAAAACUGUUGUGGUCUUCAUCGGAGCUUCAGCAAUAUUGAUGAACAUUGUCUCCGCCAUAACGGUCAAAAUCAUUGGCAAACGGAAGCUGGUUUUAGGAGCAUUACUUGGUACAGCAUUCUGCAGUCUCGGCAUCAGCAUAUACGCAAGAACCAGUUUACCAGCAGACGUGUUCUCCUACGAAGCCCACACAUUCCCGAAACAAGGCGAUGUACUGCCUGUGGUGUUGUUCAUGGCGCUCGUCUGCUUUACCAGCUUGGGUAUACCUUGGGUACUGCUGUCCGAAGUUUUCCCGUUCAGGAGCAGAGGUAUAGCCACAGGCAUGGCGGCUGCUCUUAGUUACGUUAUCUACUUCCUCUCUUCAAAGACCAACUACAACCUCGAAUCCGCUUUCCACCUCAGCGGAACAUUUGCCAUUUACGCCACUUUCGGCUUCGUUGGCACCGUUUACUUGUACUUCUUUUUGCCAGAAACUGAGUCAAAGACUUUAGCGGAAAUAGAAACCUUUUACAAAGGCGAGAAGAAAAUAUUUGCCAAUGAUUUCCUCAUUAAUGCAAUAUUGAAGAAGAAAGGAAAUGUAAAUAAUGGUGCUGACAAACCUAUGCUAGUCAAAUGAGAUAAUUACAGUGGUAGUAAUUGAAAAAAUACAGGAGUUCAUUUCAAUGAUGUAUUUAUUUUAUUGUGUAAUAUUGUGACGCUGUUUUAAAUUGUAUAAAUAUAAGAUACAAAUAAUAUACUGUGAGAACUUACUGUAAUUGAAUCAGAGUAUGUAAAUGAAACUAUAGUGAAUGUAUGAAUAUGUAUAUUAUUUUGAAGUGUAGAACAAGAUCUCCUUGUGUGGAUUUCGUAAAAGGUGACUAAGAGACAAAAGUACUAAUACUAGUACAUCGAAAAUAUCCAAGGUAGAUAGAACAAUUCAAAUAAUAUAACAUAAUUAUUUUAAAUAAAUCCUUUUGAGAUUUUGAAGUACUGUUUAUAAUGUGUUCAUAGUGAAAAAUGAAACCAUAUCCUAAAACUUUAUAUAACUGCCAAUAUUUAAUGUUAUUAUUGUUGUUGAUCGCGAUAUUUGAUACAUAUCUCUUAUACUAUAUCUGCAUUAGAUUGCUAGAAGUUUGUGUUUGUUUGUUUUUAUUUCUUUUUAUCUUAGGAAUACAUAUUUUUUGCUUUUUCUCUAGAAAAUUUCUGUUAAUGUAGAAACUAGUGUAAAAUCUACCUCUGUUGUACAAAACUUAUAACAGCUUUUGUGAUUGUUUUUAAUAUUAUUAAGUAAAUGGCAACUUAUUAUUAAUGCCUUGUUUUAUUUAACCAAAAUGUUUAAGUGUGUAAGUAAUAUAAAUAAACUGAAUUUUCGUCCAUUUUCAACAUCUAUAAUCAGGGUAGAAGAAUUUGCCAUAUUUUGUGCCACCUACUAAUCAAUAUCUACUGAAUAAUACUCCAUUUUCUCAAAUCGAUGUGUUUAAUUAUUUACUUUAACUUAUUUUCAUUCAAGAUUCUAUGAAAAUCUCUGGUCUCUCCCUUCACCGUAGUAAUCCAACUCCAACCUCCAUAAAG